AUGGUGCAGGUUGUGGUGGCAACAUGGCUAUGCUGCUGGAGCAUUGCACUCGGAUGGGCAAGUGUGCUCCCGACGACAGCAAGCUACGGCACUGCUACUUUCAACACUACAUUCAAAGACGCGAGCGUGGGAUUUUACCAGUUGUUCAUGCAAUCUCUACGAAGAGAAUUGAAAAGUGGGACCGAGAGCUACGACAUUCCAGUGCUGCGCACAAAAUCGGCAGCGGUACGAGACAAACAAUUUGUCUAUGUGAGACUUUUCAAUCCAAGUGUCUCCAUUACAUUUGCAAUAUAUGCUCUGAACUCAUAUGUGGUGGCCUAUCAAGCUGAUGCAGAAAAACGUUGCUACUUCUUUAAAGAAGCUCCUACCAAUUCAAAAACUUUACUUUUCAAUCAAUGUACCAAAAAGGUUGACGUUAAUCUCGUGACUAAUUAUGAUACCUUAGGAAACAGGGAGAAUACUAGGUUGGGAUUCAAGGCAUUAGACCUAUCCCUAGAUGUAUUUAAAAAAUUUGAUAGCAAGGACCCAACAGACGAGCUUCGUCAAAAUCUUCUAGUUGUUAUCCAGAUGGUUGCGGAGGCCGGUAGAUUCAAAUAUAUUCAGACACAACUGGAGCAGAAAGGCUUUGAGGGAGGGUUUUUCCCAAGAGGUGAUAUUAUCAGCUAUGAGAAUAAAUGGCAAGAUCUUUCCAAAGCAAUCCAGCAAUCUAAAGAUGGGAAAUUUACUGCAUCAGUUCAAUUGCAAAAUCAAGACUAUUCUCCACGCAUUGUGUCCACGGUUGCACAAGUGAAAGCCGACAUGGGACUCUUGCUGAAUGUAGCCACAACGAUGAGUGAAGAAAGCUUUGAAAACACAGCUGCUACGAUGUGA